AUGAGCAAGAUGGCCAAGAAGCGUGGCCUCACGAUGGACGAAAAGGUGUCACGGGUCGAGGAGUGGUUUGUGGCCCACCCUGUGCCGUACACACUAAAGGACUUAGUGGCCGCUCUGCCGAAGGCGACGGGCGUGAUUCCUCAGUCUGUUGAAGAGUGCCUUGAGAUUCUCGUCUCCGAGGGCCGUGUGCAGCAGAAAAAGGUUGGCAUACACGUUCUAUUCUGGCGGUUCCCCAAAACUGCGGCGCAGCAGCUGGCUUCCGCUGUCACAGGUGGAACCGCCGAAGUCACAAAGUUCUUGAGUAUGAGUACAGCACAGGUGCAAGGUGAACUUGACUUAUUGGUGAAGAAGGAGGAGGACACAUGUAAGCGAAUUCAAGAAGUGCGUGCGGCCAUCGGUGAGGAAACUUUGGUGCAGCAGGACGCCGAGAAGAUGCGGGAACUGCAGAAAGAGCUGCAGAUGUUGCAGGCGCAGCUGGAGCAGCUCUCCAUGUUUGACCCUCAGAUGAUAGAAAAAGUGAAGGCGGCGACAUUCGUGGCCUGGGAGGCAGCCAAUCGCUGGACAGACAAUAUGUACCUACUGCAGCAUCACAUCACGCGGCGGUUGGGCCUCAGCGCACGGGAUCUGCGCUCGCAACUGCAGCUUCCGUCAGAUAUUGACUACAUCGAGUACGAUGACCUCUUGUCUGGCUUCAGUGCCGCGGCAAAUUCGGUGGCAACCGCUACUGUUGGGCAUCAACCAUCGCCACUACGGCAGGUGGAAGGAGACGCCAACGUGGAGACAGACGCAGCAACGAUGCGUGACGCCGAUACUCCUGCGGCCCUUGAGAACGGCACUCCAGAGCCAAAGAAGAAGACGAGGAAAAGAUUUCCAGAUAGAACUGGAGAAAAGAAUGAGCAAAACAUGGAGAAGUCUGGCAAACGCACGCGGGACGAUAGCACAGCCAGGCCAGGAGCCAUUGGAACAGGGGAGUCGACUAAGGAGGGCGCUGUGGCGUCUGCGGCGGCACGCACUGCCAUUCACCGCCGUCGGAAAAAGGCGGAAGCAUGA